UAAAUGAUCUCUCUUUCUGGUGACACACACUUUAAUAUGUGUGACUUCACCUUCUGGACACACGUGACAGAGCCCAUCCACGCAUCAAAACACUGAGUUUCGGUGUGACUGCAUCACAGCUCAGUGGGUCUCAGGGACCAUUUGCGUCGCCAGUGCAUUGCAGCUUUAACCGGUCCAUCAUGCCUUGCGGUGUCCCAGUUCUGUUCCGAUGUAAUUUACAAGCUUUAUGGGCUUCUCAGGAGCGGAGCAGCGGGCUGUAGGCAGAGCAGGAUGUCCGAGGAGUGGACGGACGCGUGUUUACAUCCACGGAUCCUGUAAAAGGGGACACACGCGCACACACGCACACGCACCAACACUCGGAUGCAGACUCGGAUCGGCGCGGUAAUAAACAAAGUCCCGCAUGUGACCCGCAUAACAUGCAUUGGAAAGUAGCGUGUUUCAGUCCGGAUAAACACUGAGGCUGCAGCACAACAGGAGAGCCCCAAAUGCGCAGACACACAGGGAUCUGCGGCUGAAAAAAGGAUGGACAGUAAAACAUUAUUAGCACCCAUUUGUGGUGUAGAAGAAUGAGGGCCUCUGGAUGAAGGCCAUGGAGCUAAAAGUGUGGGUGGACGGAGUGCAGCGCAUCGUUUGCGGGGUCACAGAGUUCACCACAUGCCAGGAAGUUGUCAUCGCUCUGGCACAAGCCAUUGGACGCACUGGUCGAUAUACUCUGAUAGAGAAAUGGCGAGAUACGGAGCGUCACUUGGCUCCACAUGAGAAUCCUGUGGUGUCCCUCAACAAGUGGGGUCAGUAUGCCAGCGACGUCCAGCUCAUCCUCCAAAGAACUGGCCCAUCCAUUAGCGAGCGGCCCACCUCUGACGGGCAGGGUCGAGUCCCAGAGCGCGGCUUCUACCGGCAGAGCCUCCCACCUCUGGCCAAGCUCCGCCCCUCAGCGGCAGACCGCUCGCUCAAACGGAGGGAACCAAAACGCAAGUCUCUGACCUUCACUGGAGGGGCCAAAGGUCUACGGGAGAUAUUUGGGAAAAGUAGAGAUGCUGAAGCCAAACAGCCGCAGCAGCGUGGUGUGAACCUGAACCUGAGCAGAGUUGGAGGUAGUGGGACAACAUCUGUACCUGGGAGUCCAUCCAGGGAGCUGAGCCGGCUGGUGCAGCUGCAGAGAGACAAACUGCAGGCCCUGGAGAGUCGUCUGCUGGGCUGUGAGGUCGAGCUGCGAGACUGGGAGGAGGCCGCCAGUGAAGCCAAUGAAAGAGGAAACCUUGAGGAGGAGCUGCUGCUUUUAGAGCAGCAGGUGAGAAGGAACGAUGUGGAGAUGGAAGAGGAGGAAUUCUGGCAGAAUGAGCUGCAGAUUGAGCAGGAGAGUGAACGGCAGCUGAGGCAACAGCUCGCUGAACUUCAGGGCCGGGUGCGCGAGUGUGAGACCAAGCUUUCAGAGUAUUUAACACACAUACAGAGCAUGGAGUCUGGGUUGGAGCAGGAACGUCUGCAGCAGGAGACUGAGCUUAACCACAAGCUCAAUGAGGAAGAGGUGCAAACCCAGCUGGAGAAGGUAAGGGCAGAGCUGGAGAUGCAGAGCCAACACACAGCACGGCUGGAGAGCAGCUGCAGGGCGUUGGAACGCUCACUUGGCCAGUCCAGUAAGAGAUUACAGGAAAAAGAGCAGGAGCUGGAGCAGCUGACAAAAGAGCUACGACAGGUCAACCUGCAGCAGUUCAUUCAGCAGACUGGUACCAAGGUCACGGUGCUGCCAGCUCAACCUACAGGAGAAAACAGCAACGAGGUGGAGUCUGGCUCUCUGAAACGACUUGGCUCCUCUCGUCUCUUACCCAGUGACCUUCGCACCCUUCAAAGCACCGUUUCCUCCAGCCUCAACCCCGAGGGCAUCUAUGUUUGACCCAAAACUGUCCAGGAGACAUUUGCAGGAGACAUUAUCCAGGCAGCAGGUUGGCCUGCUGUCACUAGGACUGUUCCUGAAUCUGGAAGGCCAUUAAAUUGACUCUAAAAACUGCCCAAAUGUUUUUGAGCAAAGGCAAUGAAACGCGGCCAGCUCCAGGAACACCUAGCAUGGACGAACAUUGCACAGGCCAAAUGCAGUGGGGCAUCAUGAGAGACAUUACAUCUGUUUUGCAUCUUUUCCUGCACUGCCUCCUCUUUCAUCGCAUAAGGAGUGAAACUAAAACUGAUGUCAGUUUCCAUUUGUAGACAUUGACAUUUGGUUUGGGUGAUGACCUUGUGGAUGAAAAAUGAAAACCAGCAUUCGUAUCUUUGUUUACUGAGGACUCCAGGGGAAGCAGUGGAGACAUUCUUAAUUUGUAUGCUGGAUAUAACCGAACAGGAGAGCGUUCAUCAGGACGAGACCUUUAGCCACAUAUGUAAACACAUGCAUAGCCAAAAACAAGCAUGCACAAACUCUUGACAUCGCACCUGUGCUAUACCCAUAGCCAUAAGUGAUUGCCUUACUCUGGUAUUUUAAAGCCAGAUGUCAAUAAGUUUAAUGUUAAAACAGAACUCAAGGUAGCUACUGAACACUAUGCGCCAUAUAAAUUGCUAAAUCUUCCCAUCAAUUCAGGUGAAUUGUCCUAGUCAUGGUAAUUGAUGUCAAUAUAACUCAACAUUGGCUCAAUCCUUUUCUUUUUUUCUGUAUAAGUUUGCAUUUUUAUAAUUGAUUUGAAGAAGAAAUAAAUUUGUCUCAUAUUUUGUUUGUUUUGACACAAAUGGAAAAAUCUUUAACCUUUAUAUUUAUAAAUGACACAAAAGAAACCAAGGAGAAAACACAUUUAAUGGACCGAGGAGUAACAUCAACUAUUUGACAUUUUUGGUAAAAUAGUGCGGCUGCAGUUUGGCUCUCUUCUGGCUCGUAUUGAGCAAAAGCCAUUAAUCUCUUCCUUUCUGUUUCAGUUGAACUUGUUUUCCAAAAGCUUUGAGAUGUGAAUGGAGUGUUGAGUGAUUAUAGAGGCCUUUGAGCCUGGAAAAACUUAAGGAUAAUGAAACAAUGACUUUAUACCCAGACUGACCACUGGGUGGCAACAAAAUAUAUGAGGUGAGAUUUGACAGAGUGAAAGUUACUCCUUGAGUCAUUUGACGUUGACUUUAUUCGUUUUAUCAGUCGUAUGACUAUACAUAUGUUUUGUACAUGGUCAUCUGAGGUGCCAUGUCACUGUGUUCAUUCAGCACGGAACUAACAGGCUUUAUUCAUUUGUCUGAGUUGUAUCUGACAACAUUUAACAAACUAAAGAUGUCUCUUCUGAACCAAAGCUAGUGUGAUAAAACAUUAAUAGUUAGAUGAAUGUACUUUUUAUGUGUAUGCAAUAUAUGAAUUGUGCUCAUGAAGUGUACCUACAGUAGCUGUCUCUUAACAGUAGUUUCUUACAUUUUUCAUGAUUUAUUGUGGUUAGGUGUCAUAAUAGAGCGCUGUCUCAAAGAAUAACCCAGGUUGUGUCAGAAAGUUUCCCUGAAAGGAAAGUUAUACUUACUCAGUGGAAUAUGAUACGUCAGACAAGUGAAAACCUUGACAUUAAUGCAUCUCCAGCUCUACGGGAGUUAGCUCUUACUGUAUUUAUUCAUUUCACAUCAGGAAAUAAAGGAAGUUUUGUCAUUUUCUGAUAUUAGACUGACAAACUGCAUUAGAAGAAGCAUGUCUAUAGUAGCCUAUUUGUGCAAUGAAUGUAUAAUGAGUGGAUUCCUCCCCCACUUUGAAGGAUUUUUGAGUUGUUUGCUCUGCAGUGUAGAGGUAACCGGAGGAAUUCACAUCACAACUUGCUAAACUAUUCUCACAAGAUGUUCAUUGACAGACAGAUUUUUUUUUCCUCCCGCCUCAGUAUGCAGUACUGUCGUCAUGGCAACACCUUCAGCUGUAACAUGAAGACUGUAACCCGCCGAUGAAGGAAUCACAGCCCUCGCUCACUGAAAGUUUUACAUAAUGGCAUGCCUUACUGAAGAAAAACUGUAAAUAACGUCUACAUAUCACACCGGUCUAUGGACUAUUUUAGUCUGAAAUAUGCAGAGUGCUACAGAGGUUAUUAAUGCUGCUGUUCAGGAGGCAGCUUCGUGUGCAUGCAAUGAUGUGUGAUUGGUUUGGUCUGGACUCCAAAUUAAUGACUACCGAGCGUAUAACAGUUCACCUGAGAUUUAUUUUGUUUCUGGUUUGUUUUGGUCCUUAUUUCCUUGUUGACAUUUACACUGAAGGAGAGUUGAGUUUUUGUAAAGAGCAGACAGUCUAGUGUGUACUUGCUAAAAAAUGGCAAAACAUGAACAUUAUUCUCCUCUGUUCCAUUUAUUUGCAAACACAAUGUGUGUGUGUGUGUGUGUGUGUGUGUGUGGUGUUAAAAAUAACCAUGCUGCGUUGAUAAAUGACAAAAGGUUCACUUACAUUGCUCCUUUUUUCGUGCUUCAAGCUCGGAGACAUUGCUGGUAAUUGGUUUCUGUUGUGCCAUCAACGGUGCUUUUUAAUAAAAGUACAUAUACAAAUGAGAUGAUGGAGCCAUUAUGGAAAUGGCCAUCAAGUGGCUGUGAAAGCUGUUAUAGAAAUGUCGCAGCUCAGGGAUAUUUCAAGACACAGAAUUACCCAGACAGAAGUGAGCAGAGAGCAAUUAUGGAUAAAUGCAGCUCAUGAUGUCCUGAGCCAUUUGAUGAGAAUGAAUCGUAUACAUUUGCGCUCAUGGAGACUUUACCAGCUCUGAGACGCAAGAAAACAGUUCAAGUGUUGUUGAUGUUCUGAUGGAGAUCAUAUAAGUGAUGUUCUAUUGUAGCCAUCGGGUUAGUAACGUAGCUCUGUUUCUUGAAACACCCCUCACACUGUUUACACGAUCACUUCACUGUAAACACUCUGGUCAAAGAACCAGCACUUGGCUAACAUCACUAUCCUUUCACUAAACAUCUUAACUUCGUACUAAGAGAGAAAAGUGUUUGUAUUAUGGUUAUUAUAAUUUUGUAUUGUUUACUUACAAAUGCACCUACUGUAUAUUUUUGGCUUUCAAAAAUGUAAUAUUUCUUUGGGGUCAUAAAUUAUCCACUGUGUAUGAAAGACAUGAAAAUCCAAUGCAAGGACAAUGUAAAAUAUAUAAAUAAAUAAAUAAUUAAAACUUAUAUUUGAAAAUAUGGCAGAAACUAAUAAACCACCAUAGAGUGAUAAAUGUUCUGAUUCUUUAUUAUUUAAAUGGUAAUUUCUUAUUAAUGCUUUGUAAAUGGUGACAUUAGAAAAGAGAUAAGACCGUAAUAUGUGACAGACUUCCAGUAUCGCUUCAUUUUUCACACUUGAAAUCAAAAUACUUGUCACUAUUUCAAGUGCUGGUAUUCUCUGUUGGAAAUGCUAGUGACAAUCAUCCCACCAGAGAAGGCUGUCUGAUUUUUUUCUUUUUUUUUUCCUUGAGUAAUGGUGUCUGAGUCUUGCAGUAGAGAAAAGCCACUGCUGAAUCCCAAACAAGUAAGAGACAUGAGGGCAACGUUUGCAGUUGUUUAAAUGAGAUGAGAUAAAAGCAUGAUGACCUUCUGUAAAUCUGCAGAGGAUAAAAACAACUUAAUUUUUAAUAUGUUUAGGAAUAGUGGGAAGCAGAGCCUCUUUACCUGCUCUUCAGAAGUCUGCCAGGAUUGCUUUCAGCUCUCCAGUCAUAGGCUUUGUGUUAUAAGACAGACAAACUACCUGCAAGACAGGACUAGAAGUUUCUCCAAAUAAGAAACUCUGAUGUCAGGUUUAUUUUCUACUUUGGAUGAACACUUUUGAUACUUUACAAAGUUUGAGAACUUCGGUUAUCACAUUUCUUGUGAAGAAAGUCAUUUGUCUCUCAGUGUCCCCCCAGUGUAUUCCUGCUCUUACACUUUAAAUGAAGCUCAACAGCUGGGUCAGGGGGGCUCUGAUUACAUCUGUGACCCUCUCACACAAGGCCAUACUUAAGAUGUGUAGCCUAAAACACUGUAAGACCAGCCAACAGGUUGCAGUUGUCGUCUGUUGCCUAAAAGUGCCAUCAUUAGAUUUAAUAGUUUGCCAUUUUUAGCACCAUCACUUUUAGUGGUCGGUGCAUUAUACAGUAUAUCUCAUUAGGGAAUAAAACUCCUAAGUAAGUGACAGCAGCUCUCAGCAGGCAAGCAGGAACCAGCCAUGCCUCCAGCUAUUAAAAUACUACAGCAUUACUCCAUUUAAGACCUUUUCUUUUCAGAAAUGAAGAAGUGAGGAUGUUUAAAAUAAAGACACAAAAGAGGAAAAUGUAAAAUGAGGGACAUUUAAGCAGGAGUUGGUUUAUUGUUUACAUUAAAAUGGUGUAAAGGAAUAAAGGAUCUUAUCUCUGCAG